GGGAUGCGUCUAUCGUUAUGAGACAAGUCUUUACAUUAUCUCCCAGUGAUUAAUGCGCGUUGUAUGAUCAAAAAUAAUCAACAUAUGAUUCGAAUGAUUUGUGAUAGUCAACUAUAAUGCAACACCUUUUUUUUAAGAAUGAAGGUGGCAUGGCUAUUACUGUGCUACGUACUUCUUGAAGAAUACAGUAGCAAUGCUGGAGCAGCAAUUAGAAGUGACGUGGUACAUCAACAGAAUUUCUCAUCGGAGUUUAACAUUAUAACGAGUCUUGACAAUAAUGCCCCCAGUUUCGCAACACUUAUUGGGAACGUGACAGUGCACAGUGGACGAGAAGCUGUACUUUCAUGCACAAUUAGAGGAUUGGGCAAUUACAAGAUGGCAUGGCUACGAAUGAUUGAUCAAACAAUUCUUUCAAUGGGAAUGAGAUCUUUGAACAAUCCACAGAAAUUCUCUAUUACUGUUGAGAAUAUUAAACUGAAAUCAAAUCAAACACCUGGAAGGAAUGAAGAAGAAACAUCUUGGAAGCUUCACAUACGAGAUGUUAAAGAAUCUGACCGCGGUUGUUAUAUGUGUCAAGUUAAUACAAAGCCAAUGUUGAACCAACUGGGAUGUGUUGAUGUCUUGGUUCGUCCGGAUAUCCUGACAUCAGGAACAUCACAGGGUGAAGUUGUUGUCAAAGAAGGGGAGAAUGCAACACUAGAAUGUAAAGCAACUGGUCAUCCACAACCUAAGAUUUUUUGGAGGAAAGAGAAGGGCUCAAUACUGAAACGAGAUCGUGAUAACUUUGAACAUGUAAAGGAAUUAGUUGGUGAACGACUCGAAUUUAUCAAGGUAGACAGGAAGCAAAUGGGAGCUUAUUUUUGCAUUGCCAUAAACGAUGUACCCCCAGGAAUUAGUAAGCGAGUUUAUUUGAGAGUUCACUUUGCACCCUCGGUGAAAGUGAAUAAUGAACUAUUGAGUACACCACUGGGUACCAAUAUAAAACUGACAUGUGACAUUGAAGCUUACCCAAGAACAAUAAACUUAUGGAAACGCAACGACACAGUAGUGUCAAUAAGUAGCGACGGAAGAUUUGAGAGUUACGAGCGGCAGAAUCCGGACGAAGAGUGGAAAACGAGGAUUGAACUGGAGAUUAGAGAACUUCAGGAAAAGGAUUUUGGUCUGUACCAAUGUUCUGCCAAAUCAAGUAUGGGUGAAGCUAACGCAACAGUUCGAAUAAUCGAAAUGAAAAUAGUCACACAACCAACACGUGUAACUUCAGUCAGUCCGAAAAAAUUGAAUCGUGGAAGUGGAAAUUCUAUCCGGAUGACUACCCCGAAGCAAGGAUACAGUAAAGCAAGUACUCCUACCAUACAGAAAAGUACAUCAGUAUUUAUUCCAGAGAGAAGAAAAUACAUACCAACGACAACGAUAGAUCCAAGAUUGCAUUUAGCUAAAGAUCAAAAUGCCUUCAAACGUAAUAAUGAAAUGUUUCAUGUAAACAAUAGUUCGAAUACCUUUUUUAACUUGAAUUUAACUGUAUGCACAUUCGCAUAUCUUUUCAUUUACAUUACUUCCUUUUGAUUUCAAUUUAUUUUAUACUCCAAAGUAAAUGUUCCUCUAUAUCCCUUUUUUAUUGAAAAUACGAAUGAAGUGAGUUCCUUUUCUAUUUACCAUCACCAUUUACCAGCAAAGUUUAACUUAAUAAUGCUGCUCUUCGACGAGUCCCAUUUACACCGUUUCCAUUUUGACAGAGGAAAGAACAUAAGAGUAUAUAUACUAAUAUAACAUUUUUUAGUAUUCCUCUAAAGCAAAUUUUAUCAUAAAAUUUAUUUUCAUCUCAGUAUACUUUUCUCUCUCAUUAUAUUAGAAACAUUUAAAUACAUACGAAAUAUACAUUUGAAAGAACAUUCGUUAGUUGAUUCUAUUUUGAAUCAAAGGAUCAAUUUGAGUUGAGAUAAUUAUAUUUUUCUGGUGCUCUCAACUGUCUGUGAGAGAAAACAAUUUCUUGAACAAUAAUAUUUUUAGUGUUAGUUUAUAUUACGACAUU